AUGCGAUGUGUUUCCAUCUUUCUGCUUUCGCUGGGCCCUGGGCUUGUGCAAUGUCAAGGCAGUCAAAAUCAAGAUGCACCAAUUCAAAGUGGCCCAACAACGAACCAAGAUCGUGUUGUUGAUUACCCUUACUGCUACGAGGCUCUGAACAGACAUGACAGUGAUUUGAACAAAAGGAUCACAAAGAGUGAAUACCGUGGCUUCUGUCAAGACUUUGGCGGUAACACAGAAUGUCUAGCGAAUCUAGACGAGCUACCAAUCGAGCUGCAAGCAGUGUGGAAUGAAAUAACAUGUGAAUGUGCUCAAAGAGGCGGAGCUGGAGACUGCUGCGUUGGAUCAAAUGCACACAUUCCUAUCAAUGGUGUUCUGCCUACUGACACAACCACAAUUUCGCAACAGCAAUUCUUACGACAAGCAUGCUUGCGCACAGACCAGGCAAUUAUUGCUUACUGUGGGCCUCCACCAAUUCCUCCAGUUAUUGGCCCACCAGGAGGUCUUGUUUUAGUUCCUCCAGCAGCGUUUUCAGUACCGGGUCAAUGGGGAAUCAUCGCUGCGGCCAUUAUUUUGCUCCUGUGCUGUUGCCGAAGAAGAUGGUUUUUCUUUCCUGACAAGCAAGAAGACGACUCGUCAAGUGAGUCGAGUAGCGUUGAUGGCGGCAGUGCAGCGCAUAACGUUGUUGAAGAUGCUGAAGCCGGUGCUAUGGAUAAUGCUGAUGCUGCAAAGAAAUCAUCCAAAGCGAAAAGCACCGAAGAAGCAAACCUUGGAGGCACAACAACAUUCGGCAGGACCGUCCAAGAACCCGAGUACGAGGACGAUGAAGAAUACCGAAAGACGAAGUAUGAGCAAUAUGACCGACCAAACGACCCAGGAGAUCCAUUCAACCUGCGUCCAACCGACAAGCCCCCGCCUCCACCCCAGGGCGAAGAUCCGUACAGUCUCGAGCACUACACACCAGACGGCGGUGUUGUUCAGUAUGAGCGCACUGGUGAAUGGUCUUACGAUGCAGAUGGAGGCUAUGUUCCAGAAACUCGUCCUGACAAGGAGAAAACUGAGAGGAAACCCAAGAAGUACCAGCGAGCGGAGAAGAAAGCGCCCGAGGUUGUUGACAACCGCAAAAAGCGAACCCUUGAAGCCUACGGUGGGGGUGAUAUCUUUAAUCAACUCGAUGGAGAGGUAUCAGAUGCCAAAGGUGGCGGUGAUGGCAUGUUUGAUUGGGUCAUUCGUGAAACAUUGAAUACUUUGGAUGACAACGCCCUUCACUUGGAUGAGUCAACAGACGAAGAGUAG